AUGACAGAAGGCAUUGAUCCAACAAAAUAUCCCGAUCUCAUGCAUCCUUGGACUUCAACCCCCAACUUGGAAGGAACUGCGCUAGAAAGCGAGGCGUACGAUGCCGACCGAACAAUUCGCAGACUAGCAAGCCGCGCCUCACGACACACCGUAUCCUCAGAGGUGCCGAAGCCCUAUAAUGAUAUUUUCAAUCCUCUGCCAGAUUCGGAUCUCGACCCACAAUCCUCUAAUUUCAACACUCGGGCUUGGGUGGAAGCGCUCCUUCGAUACGAGAGCGAGCAUGUCGAGUCAGGGCGGCGACGGAAAUCCGGCGUCUGCUUCCGCAAUCUCGAUGUAUAUGGAUUCGGCAUGUCUACCGACUAUCAGAAAAGCGUAGGAAACAGUAUCCUAUCACUCAUGACACAGCGGCGCAAACGAAAAAUCCACAUCCUCCACGGGUUCGAAGGGCUGGUCAAUGCUGGCGAGAUGCUUUUGGUGCUCGGUCCUCCGGGCUCCGGGUGUUCGACUCUGCUAAAGACAAUCUCUGGGCAAAUGGAAGGGUUGUUCUUGGGGGACAAGGUCAUGAUAAACUAUAGAGGUACGUAUGGCAGCGGCUUGGACCCAUUUGCAGGAGACCUUGAAACCACCUACUUACCUAUUUACCUGGUACUAGGCGUAUCCAGCAAAGAGAUGCACACAUACUUUAGAGGAGAGGCUAUUUUCGCCGGUGAGAACGAUGUACAUUUCCCUAGGCUGUCUGUGGGAGACACGCUCUCUUUCGCAGCCCAUUCCAGGGCACCGCGUGAGUUGCCCGCCGGGCUGAAUACAAACGAAUUCUCCGCGCUCAUGCGGGAUGCCAUCAUGGCUAUAUUUGGCAUCUCGCACACGGCAACCACCAUGGUUGGCAAUGACUUUAUCCGGGGUGUCAGUGGCGGUGAACGGAAACGUGUUAGUAUUGCUGAAGUAUCCUUGAGCGAUGCUGCAUUACAAUGCUGGGACAACAGUACACGCGGAUUGGAUAGCGCCAACGCAGUGGAAUUCUGCCGAACACUUCGCACAGCCACCGAGCUUUUGGAGUCUACCGUCCUAGUCUCCCUCUAUCAAGCCCCACAAGAAGCAUAUGAUCUUUUCGACAAGGUUACGGUCCUUUAUGAAGGACGCCAGGUCUUCUUUGGGAACACAUCUGAAGGACGCGCCUAUUUUGAAGAGUUGGGCUUUGAGUGCCCUGAGCGACAGACAACGCCGGACUUCCUCACUUCAAUGACAAGCCCAAAGGAACGCCUCAUUCGGCAAGGUUAUGAAGAUAAAGCCCCACGCACAGCAAUGGAGUUCGAAGAAAGAUGGAAGAACAGUAAGCAGUACCAGCAGCUGAUGCUUCAAAUUGAGGCGUACGAAGGUAAAUUCAGCCUCGGAGGCGAAUUUCUAGACGAGUUCAAGGCAUCCCGCAGGGCGCAACAGGCAAGCAGCCAAAGAGUCAAAUCCCCAUAUACGCUAUCGUACAUACAGCAGACAUCUCUGUGCCUUUGGCGCGGAUGGAAGCGUCUCCUUGCAGAUCCUUCGUUAGCCUACAUCCAACUCGGAGGCAAUUCCAUUAUGGCUCUAGUCUUAGGCAGCAUUUUCUUCAAUCUGCACAACGACACAAACAGCUUCUACGGACGAGGAGGGUUGAUAUUCUUUGCUCUACUAUUGAGUGCCUUUGCUAGUGUCCUCGAGAUAUUAACACUCUACGAGCAACGGCCAAUUAUAGAGAAACAUAAUCGAUUUGCUCUCUACCACCCAUCUGCUGAGGCUGUGGCCAGCAUGUUGACUGACAUUCCAUACAAAGUGCUCAACACGUUCUGCUUCAAUCUCACACUCUAUCUCAUGGCAAACCUUCGGCGAGAAGCCGGACCCAUAUUCUUUUUCCUUUUUGUUGCUUUCCUUAGCACUAUGGUGACAUCUAGCCUGUUCCGAACAAUUGCAUCCGUCUCACGUACCAUGUCGCAGGCCAUGGUACCAGCCGCAUUACUCGUCCUGGGUCUGAUCAUGUACACUGGCUUCACCAUGCCAACCAUGUACAUGCCUGGGUGGUCGCGGUGGAUGGCCUAUAUUAAUCCGCUUAGUUACGCCUUUGAGUCUUUAAUGAUCAACGAGUUCCAUGGCCGCGAUUUCUCGUGCUCGGUCAUCAUCCCUUCGGGGUUAGACUACAGCGCUAUCGGCAUCAAUAAUCAGGCCUGUGCGGAGGUCGGAAACAGACUCGGCUCGACAACAAUCCAAGGAGAUAUAUACAUCAACGACAAGUUCCAAUAUUACCAUUCGAACAAAUGGCGUAACGUGGGAAUCCUAAUCGCGUUCUGGGUUAUCCUCACGAUUGUUUAUCUAGGCGCGACGGAGCUGCUUAGCAUGGCUCAGAGCAAAGGAGAGGUCCUCAUUUUCCGCCGCAGCCAUUUUGUCAAAAGGAAAUCCACCCACCGACUGGCCGAAGCCGACGACGAAGAGGCCCUCGGGGCCGAAAUGAUCUCGAUGACGCAGUCAGUCACCACAGACGAGACACAAGCUCCCACCGGCAAAGGCCAAAUCUUCCAAUGGGAAGAUGUGUGCUACGAUAUCAAAAACAAAGGAGAGAUCCGACGUAUCCUGGACCACGUUGAUGGAUGGGUUCAACCUGGAACCUUGACCGUCUUGAUGGGGGUUUCUGGCGCUGGUAAAACAACUCUCCUCAAUGUCCUCGCCAACCGCACCACUACCGGCGUUGUAACUGGCACCAUGCUUGUUGACGCUAUGCCCACAGAUGAGUCCUUCCAGCGCAAAACAGGAUAUGUACAGCAGCAGGAUGUUCAUCUUUCAACCUGCAGCGUGCGCGAGUCGUUAGAGUUCAGCGCACUUCUCCGUCAACCGGCAAACGUGUCACGGGAGGAGAAACUCGCUUACGUCGACGAAGUGAUCAGGCUCCUUGAGAUGGAAGAUUAUGCGAAUGCCAUUGUCGGCAUUCCAGGUGAAGGAUUGAACAUCGAGCAGCGCAGACGUCUCACCAUAGGCAUCGAGCUGGCUGCGAAGCCCGAGUUACUCCUAUUUCUGGACGAACCAACCUCUGGACUCGACUCGCAGACCUCCUGGGCGAUUUGCCAGCUGCUAAAGCGACUUGCACGUAGUGGCCAGGCAAUCCUGUGCACUAUUCACCAGCCGUCUGCUAUGUUAUUCCAGGAAUUCGACAGAUUGCUGCUUCUCGCGAAAGGUGGCAAAACCGUGUACUUUGGAGAAAUUGGCCAGAAUUCCACCACCCUAACCCAGUAUCUAGAGCGCAAUGGAGCAAGCAAGUGCCCUCCCGGUGCCAAUCCAGCCGAGUGGAUGUUAACCGUUAUCGGUGCGGCACCCGGAUCCCAAACUACCCUUGACUGGCCGAAGGUUUGGCGAAACUCGCAGGAAUAUCAGGGUGUCAAGGCAAAAUUGCAAGAAAUCCGAACUUCAAAGGCUGCAGCGGGGGGUGAUCUGCAAACACAGCCUUCCGGUCAGAUCAACAACGGCUCAUAUGCAGCACCUAUGACACAGCAAUGGUGGUUGGUUCAGAAGCGUAUUGCGGCACAAUACUGGCGAACACCCUCCUAUAUCUAUUCCAAAAUCGCGCUCACGGUGGCUUCGGCUCUAUUUAUCGGCUUUAGCUUUUAUCAUGCGCGGAAUACCAUCCAAGGGCUCCAGAACCAGAUGUACGCUGUGAUGAUGUUAUUGAGUAUGUUCGGACAACUCAGCGAGCAGAUUAUGCCUCAGUUUAUCAACCAGCGGGAGGUAUACGAAGCACGCGAGAGUGCAUCCAAGAUAUAUGAUUGGAAAGUCUUUAUGCUGAGCAAUCUCCUGAUUGAAAUGUUCUGGAACACAUGUAUGGCCUUGGCUGCCUACUUAUGUUGGUACUAUCCCAUCGGACUUUAUCAGAACGCCGAUCUCACGCACGAUGUCGCAUCACGCGGGGGUCUAACAUUCCUGUUUAUCUGGGCCUUUAUGAUGUUCACCAGUACAUCUACGCACAUCCUGGUUGCCGGGAUUGACAGUGCUGACUCGGCUGGGAGUGUUGGCAACAUCUGCUAUAUGCUCUGUAUCUCUUUUUGUGGUAUCCUCGUGAAGAAGGUUUCCCUACCUGGAUUCUGGACAUUCAUGUACUACGUCUCUCCGUUCACGUGGCUCGCCUCCGGUCUUCUCUCUACUGGUGUGGCCAAUACAGAGAUCGUCUGUGCAUCGAAUGAAUACGUCAAGUUUCUCCCGACCGCAGGACAGUCGUGUGGGGAGUACAUGGCCUCCUACAUCUCUUCGUCUGGCGGAUACUUGGUCGAUAUGGGUAACACCGAGCACUGUGAGUUUUGCCAACUGAGCAAUACGAAUGAGUAUCUCAGCACGGUCAACAUUCGGUACGAGGAUCGUUGGAGGAAUUUUGGCAUUGUCCUGGUAUAUAUUGUCUUUAAUGCUGUGGGCGCUUUGGGCGUGUAUUGGCUGGUUCGGGUGCGGAAGCGCGGAGGGAGCUUGGAGAAGCAAAAGGGAGAAAAAAAGGCAUGA